UUGAUAAGGUCAUUACCAGAACAAGAUCGGUAAGCCCUUAUAAAAGGAGCCUAAAACCCACCAUCGUUUGCCAUGAUUGUUCUGCCUUUAGUUCUAGAGAGAAAAAAAAAAGUAGAGCAAAGCAACCAUGGUGAUGAAAGUUUAUGGAACCGUCUUGUCCACCCCGGUGAUGCGGGUCUUGACUGCCCUCUACGAGAAGGACCUCGAGUUCGAGUUCGUCCCAGUCGACAUGCGAGCAGGCGAGCACAAGAAGGAGCACUUCCUCGCCCUCAACCCUUUCGGUCAAAUCCCUGCCUUUGAGGACGGAGAUUUGAAGCUAUUCGAAUCGAGGGCAAUUACUCAGUACAUUGCUCAUGUAUACGCGGACAAGGGCACUCCGCUCGUCUGUGAGGGCAAGAAAAUGGCGCCGGCGGGCGUGUGGAUGGAGGUCGAGGCCCACCAGUUUGACCCCGUGGCGUCGAAGCUGCAGAUGGAGCUCGUGUACAAGCCGAAGUUCGGAAUGGCCACAGACGCUGCUGUAGUGGAGGAGAAUGAGCUCAAGCUCGCCAAGGUCCUCGACGUCUACGAGGCCCGGCUGAGCCAGUCCAAGUACAUGGGCGGCGACUGCUUCACCCUGGUCGACCUCCACCACCUCCCGGCCCUGACCAACCUGAUGGGGACACCAGUGAAGAAGCUGUUCGAUGCCCGCCCCAAGGUGAGCGCUUGGGCAGCCAACAUCAUGGCCCGGCCUGCUUGGGCCAAGGUUCUGGCCAUGAAGAACCAGCAGUGAAGCAAUGGAUCCCGUUUAAAUUAUCUGGUGCUGGGGGG